AGAUUUCCUCUCAGUAAACCAGUUCUUCUGGAAAGAUGGCUUUCUAAUUUGAGAAAAGAGAACUAUAUUCCAAAGCACUUUUCAACAUUAUGUUCGAAACACUUUGAAGAAUGCUGUUUCUACAGAUUUGGAAUGAGAACACAACUUAAAGAAGAUGUUGUGCCAACAAUCUUUGACUUUCCAUUUCAUCUA